AUGUCGUUUUUCUCCAACUUUAAUGCCCACUCUAUCAAGUCAACACGAGGGUUUAAGCUCAAGCCUGGGUCUCCCAUCUCCAGCCCACAGCCCAUAUCAAGCUCAGCACUUCCCCAUACCCCAAGGACAAACUUGUACGACAAACCAACUUUACAAUUAGACCAGGAUGAAAACCCUUACCUGACCAUGAAUGUCGCUUCUAACUUGUCUUCGCAACCAGUAACUUCGCAUAAGGAUAUCAGGUCUUACGCUGAGCAGACUUUGGGGUCUGAUAACGCCUUAAUCCAGGCCGUCAAGCUCCCACAAGAUGAAGACGUGAACGAGUGGCUUGCUGUUCAUGUUGUCGAUUUCUACAAUCAAAUCAACAUGCUUUACGGCACCAUCACGGAGUUCUGUUCCCCACAAACAUGCCCUAGAAUGAUUGCCACAGAGGAGUAUGAGUACUUGUGGCAAGAAACUAACACUGGAAGUGGUAAUGUCGCUCCUAAGAAGCCAAUAUCAUUACCAGCUUGCGAAUAUGUGGAGAACCUCAUGAACUGGAUUCAAAAUUUUUUCGAUAAUGAUAACAUCUUCCCCACGAAGAUCGGUGCUCCAUUCCCUCAGCAGUUUCCCAACUUGAUAAAGACCAUCUUUAAGAGGCUUUUGAGAAUAUAUGCCCACAUUUACUGCCAUCACUUCCAUGAAAUUUCCGAGUUGGGCUUACAGAGCCAUCUCAACACGAGCUUGAAACAUUAUGUCCUUUUCAGCAAAGAGUUUGACUUGAUAAACAAAAAAGACUACGGUCCUCUUGAAGACUUGAUCAACACCAUGUUGAAGUCCUAG